CUUUCAUGUCCCUGCCUGCCGAUGCCGUCCAGCCGGGACGAUCCGUCCACUUCCAUUACAGUCCUCAUCUUACAGCGGCCUGGAUCAGUUUCCCGCUGCAGAGCUGCGCCGCCGCCGAGCAGCGAGACGCCAUGGCGAAGUUCCUGACUCAAGAUCAGAUUACAGAGUAUAAGGAGUGUUUCUCGCUGUACGACCAGCAGCGGAGAGGCCGGAUCGAGGCCCAGCAGCUGAUCACAGUGAUGCGCUGCCUGGGAUCGAACCCCACCCCCUCCGAGGUCUGCCGGCACCUGCUGACACAUAAUAUAGAUCGGGGGGGUGAGCUGGACUUCUCCACCUUCCUGACCAUCAUGCACCGGCAGCUCCAGCAGGAGGCGCCGCAGCAGGAGAUCCUGCAGGCCAUGAGGAUGGCCGACAAGGAGCAGAAAGGCUUCAUCACGGCUUCAGAGCUGCGGGCCAAACUCACCGGCCUGGGAGAGAAGCUGACCGACGAGGAGGUGGACGAGCUGCUGAAGGAGGCGGGCGUCGGAGCUGACGGGCGAGUUCACUACGAGGCGUUUGCCAAGGCGGUGACCCGGCCCUCCGCCCGCCGCUGACUCCACUCUCCACACUCCAGACUUUAACAACCACAUUUGUGUCAAAGAGAAAAUAAACCUGUUGUCUCUCCUCAUAUGAUGCUUCUGCUGUUUGGGCCGGUUAUUAAAAAUA